AACUAAAGUAUUAAUCAAAUAAUUACACUUUCUAAAAUAUUUUGGAUCUAAAUUAGUUAACUUUUAUAAAGUAUAUUAUAUGCAAAUACAGUAGACAUCUAUUUUGUUGUGUUUAUAAUAUAUAAUAGAUAUUUAAUUUAAUUUAAAUUAAAUUAACUAUAAUCUUAUAUAUUGUUACUAUAUGAAUUAUUAUAUUUUCUAGCAGGAAAUAUUAUUAUAUCAAAUACAUAUUAUUGUAUUACAUAUAUAUGUUUCCAGUAAUUUAAUUUGAAAAAUAUUAUCAAGCAAAAAUAAAAGUCACAAAUAAGAAAAUUGAACAUACUAAUUUAAAUCCGGUGAAAAUAUUUUUUUUAUAAUUCAAAGCCAAGCAAUAGCUUAGAAUUAAGAAGACUUCCUAUUAUAUUUUCAAAUUGUUUUCCCUUUUCCUUUGUUAAGAAGGCAUAAUAUAGCUGUCAAAAAAAAAAAAGAAGGCAUAAUGUCCUUUUCCUAAACUCUUUUGCAUUAUGUAGUUUCCUUUUUUUUUGUGACAGAAACGAUGCCUUUUUUGGAAAAUUUAUAUGGUUUAACUUAAGAGAGUUCUAUAAGUACGGAGAAGAUAUAAGCCUUUGAAGAAACGAAAGCAUAAAAUCAGAACAAGAAUUUUCCUCUCUUUUUGUCCCCUGCGAUUUUGUUUAGAAGAAGAAACUAAGAGAAAGAGACGACAUGGGAGACCGAAACGUUAGUCUGAUGCUUCCCAUGAGUGUCCAAUGCAAUACCUGCGGAAACUAUAUCUACAAGGGAACCAAAUUCAAUUCGCGUAAAGAAGACGUCAUCGGCGAGACAUAUCUUGGGAUUCAAAUCUUCAGAUUCUACUUCAGGUGCACCCAUUGCUCUGCAGAGCUGACCAUGAAGACUGAUCCAGAAAACUCAGAUUAUAUUGCAGAAUCUGGGGCAACUCGUUGUGAACACUGGCCUUAGUUAUAGCUUUUUGUGUAUUUUUUGGUUAUUUCAUGCAUGAUAUUUAUUUACAUGAUUUACGCUACGUUAUGCAAUAAUGCACAAGUUUAAUUGAGCCCCGACACGAUGGAAUCAUCAACUUUCUCUAUGCGUUAACUUUGUUUUUGUUUGGUCAACCACGCUCCCACGCUCUCCAGGUUCUUUAAGAUACAAGAAUUUAUACAUGAAUUAUUUUUGUACAAAACCAUCUCCAGGUUUAGCUUUUAAGAGCAGAUUUAUAAUGCGAAUGUGUUCAUAUAUAUUGUUAAGAAUAUAUAUUUUGUCUUUCACGUAUCGCCACAUAACGUCUACGGGGUUUUAGGUAUGAUUCUCACUUUUUUUUUUUUUUUUUGAAAUUUUGAUUCUCACGAAUUUAAAUUGGAUUUUGAACUUUACGAGUCCAAAAUCAGGAUUAACAUUGAACUUUAGGUUUUACGGAUCCAAGAAUUCAAAGUUUAGGUCACGUUUCCUAAACUCUAGUUGUUUCUCGGUAGUGUCACCAAGCCACAGGAUAAAAGAUGAUCUAAAUACUGAAUGGUCAGUAUGGAGACAUGUCACAAUUGAGCAGCCUUGAACUGAUCGUGCCAAUGAUCUGGAAUAAGUAUACAGAGGAAGUCGGUCCACAUAGAUUAAAGGGCAACAAGCAGCAGCAGGUACAUGCAACCAAAACCACAUUGUAAUCAGAUUUACACUUUGGUCCAAUGGAACACGCUUGAACUCGUGCACUUCUUCCACCAUUACAAGCCAAUCAAGCACUUCACUAUAAGAGAAAGUAACUUGUUGUAACAUUGAUACAAAAGGACAGGACUUUGAGUUGCUACCGUUGGACGUGGCUAGAUAAUCUGUCCUGCAAUAUACAUGUGGGAACAACAAUGGUGGAGUGUGUUCUUGCAAAUAUCUUGUAUAAUUUUGAUUGGGAGUUAUCAGAAGGCAUGGUGGUCGAAGAUUUCAUAAUGGAAGAAGCUCCAAGGCUCACCGUGAGCAAGAAAAAAAUGAGCUUCUACUUGUUCCUGUUAAGUUCCUGUUCGUUUGUACAUCUGGAAGAUGCAUCCAGAUGGUCCAUCUAGAUGUCUUAUUUAGAUGUUCCAUCUCGGUGUUGUUCGUUUCU